GCGAGCCGGAGCAGCGGCAGCGGCGGGAGGGAGGCGCAGCCCGGCGGACCCAGCUCCGCUGCCCGUCGGCGCUGUCCCCGCGGAGGUUGGGGACCUGCUGCGGGGUGAUGGAGGAGCAUGGGUACCCUUCCUAUAGCGCCCGCAGCCCCGCCUGGGAGGAGCUGGAGUCCGGGAAGAUGGCCGGGGCCGAGUCGGGGAUGAGCGGCGCCGGGAUCCCGCUGCAGCCCCAGCCCCAACCCCCGGCGGCAGCGGCGGGGCCGGCGGACGAGUCGUCGGACAGCGAAGGGGAGCACGAGGGCCCCCAGAAACUCAUCCGGAAAGUGUCCACCUCGGGCCAGAUCCGCAGCAAGACAAGUAUAAAAGAAGGAUUACUACUGAAGCAAACCAGCUCUUUUCAGAGGUGGAAAAAGCGUUAUUUCAAACUUCGAGGUCGUACCCUUUACUAUGCUAAGGAUUCAAAGUCUCUAAUAUUUGAUGAAGUUGACCUGUCAGAUGCCAGUGUAGCUGAAUCAAGCACAAAAAAUGUCAACAACAGCUUCACGAUAAUCACUCCAUUUAGGAGGCUAAUAUUGUGUGCUGAGAACAGAAAAGAAAUGGAGGACUGGAUAAGCUCUCUGAAGUCUGUUCAGUCCAGAGAACACUAUGAGACCGCACAGUUUAAUGUGGAACAUUUCUCAGGGAUGCAUAACUGGUACGCCUGCUCCCACGCCCGACCUACCUUCUGUAACGUGUGCAGAGAGAGCCUCUCUGGAGUCACUUCUCACGGCCUGUCUUGUGAAGUGUGUAAGUUUAAAGCACAUAAAAGAUGUGCUGUCCGAGCAACAAAUAACUGCAAAUGGACUACAUUAGCCUCAAUUGGAAAAGAUAUCAUUGAAGAUGAAGAUGGUAUAGCUAUGCCUCACCAGUGGUUAGAGGGAAACCUGCCCGUCAGUGCCAAAUGCGCAGUCUGCGACAAGACUUGUGGCAGUGUUCUACGCCUGCAAGAUUGGAAGUGCCUUUGGUGUAAAGCUAUGGUUCACACGGCCUGUAAAGAUCUGUAUCCUCGAAAAUGUCCACUUGGCCAAUGUAAGGUAUCGAUCAUCCCUCCAACAGCACUAAACAGUAUAGACUCUGAUGGUUUCUGGAAAGCCACAUGCCCGCCAUCCUGUGCCAGUCCUCUUUUAGUUUUUGUUAACUCAAAGAGUGGAGACAAUCAGGGAGUAAAGUUUCUUCGUCGAUUCAAACAGUCGUUAAAUCCAGCUCAGGUCUUCGAUUUAAUGAAUGGAGGACCUCACUUAGGUUUGCGAUUAUUUCAGAAGUUUGACAACUUCAGGAUCCUUGUGUGUGGUGGCGAUGGAAGCGUGGGUUGGGUCUUGUCAGAAAUUGAUAAGCUCAGCUUGCACAAGCAGUGUCAGUUGGGAGUGUUACCUCUUGGUACUGGAAAUGACCUUGCUCGUGUCCUUGGUUGGGGAGGAUCCUGUGAUGAUGAUACACAGCUUCCUCAAAUUUUGGAAAAGCUUGAACGAGCCAGCACAAAAAUGUUAGACAGGUGGAGUAUAAUGUCAUAUGAACUGAAAUUACCAGCAAAGCCUUCUAUUCUUCCUGCGACAGCAGAAGAGUCAGAGGAGUGCCAGAUAUCUGCUUAUGAGGAUUCAGUUGCUGCUCAUCUUGCAAAGAUUCUCAAUUCUGAUCAGCAUUCAGUUGUCAUAUCAUCUGCCAAAAUUUUAUGUGAAACUGUAAAGGACUUUGUUGCCAAAAUAGGGAAGACUUAUGAAAAACCAACGGAAAAUGCAGAGGAAGCUGAUGCCAUGGCCAUUAAAUGCUCAGAGUUAAAUGAAAAGCUGGACCUAUUGCUCCAGGCUCUUCACACAGAAGCCCAGGCUACUCCCAUUCUCCCAGGCAUUGCUCCUCCCAUUGUGGAAGAAGAGCCAGAGGAGUUCUCAAGUGAAGAAUCCUUGUCUGAAAGUAAAGAGCAAUUAGCAGAGUGUGUCUCGAAAUCUUCCCAGAAGCUCUUCAAACCAAGGGAGCAGUUAAUGCUCCGAGCAAACAGCUUGAAGAAGGCUGUGAGGCAGAUCAUUGAACAAGCUGAAAAAGUUGUGGAUGAGCAGAAUGCUCAUAGUGAAGAACAAGUGAACCAGUCUCCAGUAGAAUACAGCAAAGAAUUGGAUGAAUCCAAAGAAGAGGAAAAAGAGGAAGAUACAAAGGAACUUGAGUCUCCAUCAACUAAAACUGCACCAAGAUCUCCUGAUAGACGUACAAGCCGAGGUAUCCAUUCUCAGACAGGUUCUUUCUCUGCUCCAGCUUUGGCAGCAAGCAAGGAAAAUCUCCCUGUACUUAACACGAGGAUUAUCUGCCCAGGUUUAAGGGCUGGUCUAGCUGCUUCCAUUGCAGGAAGUUCAAUUAUUAGCAAAAUGUUGCUAGCAAACAUCGAUCCAUUUGGUGCUACGCCGUUUAUUGACCCGGAUCCAGAUUCCUUGGAGGGAUAUUCAGAAAAAUGUGUCAUGAACAACUACUUUGGAAUUGGGUUAGAUGCAAAAAUUUCACUGGAAUUUAAUAAUAAGCGAGAAGAGCACCCUGAAAAAUGCAGAAGUCGAACGAAAAACAUGAUGUGGUAUGGAGUUCUUGGCACAAAAGAGCUAUUGCAGAGAACUUACAAGAACUUAGAACAAAAAGUUCAACUUGAGUGUGACGGACAGUACAUCCCCCUUCCAAGCCUGCAGGGCAUAGCUGUGCUAAACAUUCCCAGCUAUGCUGGUGGGACUAAUUUCUGGGGUGGAACCAAAGAAGAUGAUAUAUUUGGAGCUCCAUCGUUUGAUGAUAAAAUCUUAGAAGUUGUUGCUGUAUUUGGCAGCAUGCAGAUGGCAGUGUCCAGAGUCAUCAAACUGCAGCACCACAGGAUAGCUCAGUGCCGGUCAGUAAAGAUCACCAUACUUGGCGAUGAAGGGGUUCCAGUGCAAGUCGAUGGAGAGGCAUGGAUCCAGCCCCCAGGAGUUAUUAAGAUCAUACAUAAAAACAGAGCUCAAAUGCUGACACGAGACAGAGCCUUUGAAAACACCCUGAAGUCUUGGGAGGACAAACAGAAGUAUGAUUCCUGCAAACCUGUCAUUCGAUCUCCCUUGUACCCUCAGCAAGCUGUUGAUUUGGCUACAGAAGAAGAAGUUGCACAGAUCCAGCUGUGCUCACAAGCUGCAGAAGAACUUAUCACCAGGAUCUGUGAAGCAGCAAAAGUACAUGGUCUCUUGGAGCAGGAGCUUGCUCACGCAGUUAAUGCAUGUUCACAUGCAUUAAAUAAAGCCAACCCAAGGUUUCCUGAGAGCCUUACCAGAAACACUGCCAUGGAGAUAGCUGUCAAUGUGAAGGCCUUACACAAUGAAACAGAAUCUCUGCUAGUAGGAAGAGUUCCUUUGCAGUUGGAAGCUCCCCAUGAAGAACUGUUGUCUGAUGCUUUGCACAGUGUGGAAAUAGAGUUGAGAAAACUUGCUGAGAUUCCUUGGCUUUAUUAUGUUUUUCAACCAAAUGAUGAUGAGGAUCCCCCUCUGGACUAUGCUAAAAGAAACAAUAGAAGUACAGUAUUUCGUAUAGUGCCAAAGUUUAAAAAAGAAAAAAUUCAGAAGCAUAAGACCAGCCCUCAGCCUGUUCAAAAAUGGGGCACAGAUGAAGUUGCUGCUUGGCUGGAUCUGCUCAGUUUGGGAGAGUACAAAGAAAUCUUCAUCAGCCAUGACAUCCGAGGCUCUGAGCUUUUACAUCUGGAAAGGCGAGAUCUUAAGGACCUGGGGAUAACGAAAGUGGGUCAUAUGAAGCGAAUUCUCCAGGGAAUUAAAGAGCUCAGCAAGAACACCCCUUUGUCAGAAGUGUAAUUAUGCUGGUGCUUUUCUUAAAGAGAGAAGAGAAAGUUGCUGGAGAAGCAAAGCCGUUGCAGGCACUUGGCUGUCCUUGUAGUUUACUCUAUGGAAGAAUAAGCACUGGUGUUUGUACAGGCUAGCAUCUCUGAAUUCUUGUGUGGUGAAGAACUCGCAGCAAGAGUACGAAAGGAUUUGUGCCAAAACAAAAAGGAAAAGGUGAUAUGUUCUGUGUUUUCUUGGUGUGCACAUUGGCCAGUUUGGAUAAGCCCAGUUUCAUAAAUUGAUUGGUUGAUGAUCAACUGCACUGACUGGAAAAUAUAAUCAAGAAACGAUUGCUUUGCUUACAUGCAGCUCAGUAUGCCUCUCUUUAUGCUGCAGCAAGAUGCCACUGUACAGCAUGAGGUCAUCUGGUUAUUCUUCUGAGGAGCAGGUCUGUAAAACCUCCUGUGCAGGAGACCAAGAAGUUUGGAAGGUUCAACACGUGAGCCUGGCAGUGCCACAGGUAUCCAGCACUCGCCGGCCGUGCAGAAGAGGGGAGAGAUACCUUGUGAUACCAUGAAUGCAAACUAAAAUGCAUGGUGUGCCUGCCUGAAUUGUCUGUUGUUCUGUUGCAUGACACAUCUGAUACUUUAAACACUUGAACAACUUUUUUAUUGGUUUGAAUGAGAUUUAAUUUAUUGCUACUUGAGUGUUCUUUUUUUUUUUUUUUCCUCCUGUUUCAGGCACUUUUCUAUUCUUCAGUGUUGUGUUAUGCCUAAAAUGUGUUCUAUGGCAAAGGGUGUGUGGGUGUGGAAACUUAGCAUUUGUGCCAUAUUCAGCAGAUUAUAUAUGAUUGAAACACUGUACAGUUAGAUUUUUAAAUAUAUCAUGUACAGAAAGUUUAUCAGGUAACUAACUUAUGAGAAUUUUUGAAAGACCGGUACCUCACAAAAACAUCAAUUGGCUUCCUGCAUGGAAAAUGAUAAUGAAUCUUCUCAUGGUGCAUUUUAAUGUAGUUAUUCAGUUAUCUUAAACAUCUGUAGCAUAUUUGAACUUGUAGGCACUAAUGGUUUUAUUUAUUCAAUUGUUCAAAAGCUGGUUUAGAUAUUAAUGAAACUUUCUUAAAGGAAAUUUAACUUUAUUUAUCAUACAUAAGAUAUUUAAAAUGUAGCAGCUGAUUUGAUUUUUGUGGGGUAAACUUUUACUCGUUGCUAAUUAACUAUUAAUUUAAAAACGCAUCUGUGUGCAUUUAUUUAAAAAGGUAUAAAUUUGUUUCUUGACAGCAGUCUGCCAUCAGUAGACCAUAAAAACUUAAAAAAAACCCAGACUCUAAAGUUUUAGACUAUGCAUUCUAAGAUGAAUCACAUGCUAGGUAGUAAUCCAUGAGUGUAAACAGGUUAAAAAAAUUAAAACCAUCUUUGUUCAGAAAUUGCUCUGGACCAGAGUUUGCAGGGUUAUUUACUUAAAUGAAACAGGUUCAUAAUUUAAUUUCCUGGUUAACUUUUCACAAAAGUAUUAAUCUAGUCAGAAGAUAAAUUUCAUAUGUCUACAAAAAAAUCCUACCUAAAUGUUUGAGAUGAGAUGACUUUGCACCACCUGCCAGAAACUUGCACAGAACUGCUGUCUCCUUGCUGUUCCUAGCAAUGUGUCAUUGCAGCACAAGGAACGCUUGACUUUCACUUAAUCAAGUAGCUUUGAUGUUUCUUGCACAUUAAAGAGUAUCUUAACAUCUAUUCAUGUUUUUCUCAUGGGCAGGUUUCAUUUGGUUUUUACCAAAAUUUAUUUUCUUGUAUAAAGGGGCCAAUGUCAAGCACUGCAUCCUGGUUUUGCCCUCCAUUUCUCAUGCAUAUGACAGAAGUUGUUCCAUGGCAAGUAGAUGGGACUCAUCCCUUGGAAAGUAAAAUCCAUUAUUCUCAUUGUUUCAUUGGAGAAAAAAAAGUCAAAACAAACAAAACAGACUUAAUUUGUAUAUUAUUGUAGUUCUUCAUGUUCUUGCUGUUGUAGGUUCAACAGGCUCGACUCUGGGAGUUUUGUGAUAGUGAUAUUCUGGUAAACAAAUGAAAGUAAUAGGCUAUUUUCUAUUGGGUUUUGCAUUAAAAAAAAUCAAAAUGUCUUUGCCAAAUGGUAUGAUUUUCAGGCUGUUUUAUGAAAAGCAUAUGCAAAAAAUGGAAAGUUGGGCAAACAAUGGAAAGUUUGUUGGUUUUGGUUUUAUUUUAAUGUACUUGACAUUCACCUCUUUAAUGAUGUUCAGGUGACAUCUGUCAAGUCUUUGUGAGCUCUAUUUCCUUUUCUCUCUGGCUCUCCAUAAACUACACUAUAUUUUAACAUGUGACAACAUUUUAGCAUACUGAUGUUACAGUAGACAACAUAGCUAAUCUUCUGGUCUAUUCGAGGACAUAAUACAUAGCAGAACUUUCUUUGCUUUCCUGAUUGUAAGAUACAAUCUCUUUACAACUUUCAGCCUUGCUGUCUAUAAUGCAUUAAGAUAGGUUACAGAACCAGAUCUCAUCAAGUCAGGUGUAGAGGUCUACACUGACUAUAUUAAAAAAUGGGAGCUGCUUUUGGGCAGGGAAAAUGGGAAAAUGUUGUUUGCAACAAAUUUCUUACAGCACUCCUCAAAUUACCUCACUAAAGGACAACUGAUCAAUGAUCAUUUUUCUAAAUGACCACCAAAGAAUUUAACUUUGAUUGUCCUAAGCAGUUUUUUUAAACAUGUGAGUAGGAAAAAACAAAACUGUAAGUAUCAUUUAUGCUGUAUUUAUUAGAUGCCCAGGAGAGCAAAUUUUAUGCAACUCUAUGCCUUAGACUAGUGUUGGCUAUGAAGUACAAAUGCAUCUGACAGGGAGGCUCAAAAUAUUUUUACAGGGGUUCUCUGUGGAUGUUGUGGGUUGUAACUGUGUUUAAGUGAAGUAGCUUUUCUGAAGGCCUGAACACAGUGUUACUCUCUCAUGAUUAUUCUAAGUACUGGGUUUUUUUCCUUACUGCUGUAAAAGUCCUAGCUCCUAGAGCUAAGUACAUAAAUAGCUAAAUUUUUUAAUGAACCAUAUUUUCUGUAAUUUAAUCCUUCUGUGAAAAGUGCUUCAAAGCAUACAUCCCAAUAUUUCAACAAAACCAAGGUAAACACAUCCCUAAAAGGAGUUAGCUUUUUAGAAAACAAGGUCCUGAGGAGCCUGAUUCAGGAUGCUAGAUAUAUCAAGACAAUCCCUAUACAAAGUUUACUGGAUUAAUUUCCUCCCCCCCCAGUCAAAUACAUGUGAUUCCCUUGGUCAGUAUACAUUAAAGCCUGAAAGGAAUGCAGAGUAGUCUGCAUUUUUUUGUAGUGGCUGGUAUUCAUAUAGAUGGAAAGCUCUACACCUCAGAGAGAGAAACAUAAGAACUGCAUGUUUUAAAAUGGCAGCAGGUUGCUAAGUGUAUUUGCUAUUUUGUCAUUUUCAAAUAGGAUUGUCUCAGUUCAUUGUAUUUGAUUGCUGUAUCAACCUCUGAUUUAGGUCAUGCAAGUUUUGCCUUUAUAAAGCCUCUUGCCUUCUUUUUAGAAACUGAAUGAAAUCAAGCCAACUCAUGGUUGUAGGUGUUUGGGAUGUUUUGCAAUACUUCAAAGAAAAGAAGGUUCAAAAAUUGAUGUUUUUUAUAAGAUAGCAAAUGAAAAUUUUCUUUGAUACAUUUUUCCCUUAACUUCUUUUCUCCUGAAUGUUUCUUUCUUUCAAAGAAAAAUGCUUUGAACUUGGAAGGACAGCAAAGUGUAAAGCAUAUGAUCAAAAACCCUCCCAGACUAUUUCAUUCCCGUAUUUAUUGUUUUGGGACUGGAAUUAACGUGCUUGGUCCUGUAAAUAAUAAAUAGAAAUCAUCUUUCUCUCUCUAUCCCUGCCCAAAGUAAAUAAUACUGCAGUGCCACAUCACUGUAAUUCAAAGCAGAGGUAUUGAUUUUUUUCUUCAUAAAUGUCCAUUUAGUAUUUUCCAUUGUUUUUUCAGAGAAAUAGGUAACCUGCCAAUUUUACUUUUUAAUUGAACUCGCUCAUGCUAUUAAUGAAAAUUUCAUAAAGCCUUGAUAAUGAACAUUGCUUCAAGGGUAAAAUUAUCAGUGUUUUUCAAUGCAUCUGGUCUUCAUUUCAGGAAGACUGGCAGGAUACCUUUUUCACAAUGUAAUGGAAAAUUAAUUUAUAAAACAAAUAUGAGAGGAUGUUCCAUAGUCCUACUUUAAAAAUAAUGUACAUGCAAGACAAAACCCCCUAUGGCGAUUCCAUUUUGCUUGAUGCUUCCUGUUAGUGAUUGCAUUAGUAGUGUUUACAGUUGUUUCUGCAGUGCUCUCUGUGCUCCUAAAUAUUAAAUUCUUGUCUAUGAGUUCAACAGUUCUGGUAAUUAAUAAUUAGCAGUGCAAAAAGUCUUUGUGAAAGGUAAAGGCACAAGGAAUGUAUCUCGGUGAGGAUAACUGAGCUGGAGCAAUUUGUUUAGCUUACAACCAGGAAAUCAUCUUGACACUUGUAUGAGUGAGUGAGAACCACAAAAAAAUAAAAUAAGUGAUUUUAAAUUUAUUUUUUCAUCCCAGUAACUUAAAUACCUCUAAACUGCAGCAUACUGUAUACAUUAUAAUGCAGGCUGUCCUGUAUUUUUGAUUCUGUUUCCAUGGAUUGCAUGUUUUGUGAUAUGACUUUCAUAUCACAAUUUUGAUGCUGCUUAUUCUAACUGCAAAGGUUUAAUGUUUGCAAGAACUGUACAUGACUAUAUCGCUAUCUUAAGGAACAAGUUUUUGAUGACUUGAGGAAGCUGAGGAGUUUGGACAGGAUUUAGUCUUUGGGCAGGACUUAAAAUAUCUCUGCUUUAUCUUCAGAGAUGAAUGGUAACAUCAGCAGGAUUGAUAAAGCCACAUUUGGUAAUUAUCAAUAUAAAAUCUUUACUGGUUGUAUAAAUUCCUGUAUUUAUAUCUAGAAUAUAGUGUGGAAUGGAUCUUUUUUACAAAAAGAAAAAAAAAAAAUUCUAGUUGUUUUCUACUACUGUUGCAUUAGGUUUCAUAGAUCUGUUAAGUGUUAGCUUACUUAUUUGAAAUGUUUGUUUCUGCCAUACAGAAGCCCAGUCUUUUUCUCAAAAAUUAUAAUCUAUUUGGAAGCCAUCUGGAGACCUUGAGAAGAGAAUUUCUGUAGCCAGUUGGAGCUAAUACCAGAAUUCUUAGCCACUUCUGUGGGCUUAAUAGCAAUCACCUUCAAUAUUUUAACUAAAAAAAAUAAAAUUAAAUGUUUCUGACCUUUUCAGUGCAUAGAAUUAAUUCUAAAACACUAUCCCCUUGUCAUAUGUUAAUUAAAAAAUAUCAGCAUUAUUAACACUUGUGCAAAGAAGCAAAAUGCUUAUGAAUACAUACCCAAGAGGAUUCCUGGACAAAUGUUAAUCCGUUUAGCUGUAGUGGUUAAAGACCUAUCACCUUCAGAACAGUUGACAGAAAAAUCAUAUGUGCACAUGGUAGAAUUACAAACAUCUGUUUUAAAUAAUUUAAGACUUGUUUCCCAGUUGACAAAAAUUUGAUAAGUUCUCUGAGGGGAUUUUGAGUUCAUAAAACCUAUUUCUUUUAUUAGUGGGGCAGAAGAAGCUGGUGCCUCAUUUAUGUUUAACACCAGUCAUGCCUUUAUUAAUGUUUUUACAUUGCUUCCCAGCUCCCAGAAGUGGAUGAGUUCCCAGCUUCUGGCAAGAUGAGACCCUUGUGUGUCUCUCCAUGGUUUCUGUUCAGAAGAGCUGGAUGGGCAGGCCAGGAAAAAGCUGUAGGGUGCUCAAGGAGAGCAAAAGACACCAGGACUUCAGGCUCCAAAGUCUAGCAUAGCCAUAGUGAACUAAAAUCCUCUAAGUUAUAUUUUUGCAAUCCCUGCUAGAAGCUCUGUCUAACAAUUAACAGGAGCUACAGAAUGCCCUUGGAAAGAGAAGUGUUUUGGCUAACUACCAGCUGUGUAAGACAUUGAAAACACUGAACGUUAUGGUAGCUAUUAGUAUGACAAGUAUCCAAGUGGCCAAUGAAUAUUUUAUUCAUUGGAACAAAUACUUUGGAAAAAUAAAGUUUUUUGGUAUUAUUCAAAGACUUGUGUUAGGAUUGAAAAGCUACUGAAUAUAAAAGCAAUGUGGUACAAAGUUUAAAGUAAUUUGCAGCUAUUUUUUCCCAAAUCUGUUGGAAACAACUAUUUUAGGGAGCUGUGUUUGAUCCAGGUAUGGCUAGACAAGAACUGGAAGGUAAACAGGAAGAAAUGAAUUAACAGAAAGAAAUAGUAAAAUUGAACAGUUUGUUUUCAUUAUGGAAACUGUGUGAGAAACCAGAAGUAAAAUCUCCACAGUGCCUCAAAUCCCUUCUAUGACUUUUAAAACAGAAUUAGCAUUUUAAAUCCUGAUUUUUAAAACUAAAGCUUUAAUUGUAUAAAAAUGAUUUUAAUGUAAUUAAUAACCUGACAGUCCCAUUAACAGGGAAAGAGUUAGAAACAUAACUGUGUUUUUCUCCUGGUGUUGAAGUAAGCUCUGUUUAGGACUAAUUCUCCUUGCAGUCACAGUCAAUUAUUUUGUAAAUGGGGAGACUGAGCAAAGCCAUUUGAAGCUGCUUGGUGUUGCUUUUCAGUGAUGGGGAGAGCACGUGUGCUGAAAAGUAGGGCCUGGAGGCUUCUAAUGAGAAUUUCAAGGAUGCAGGAUUUUCUGGUUGGAUAGUUUAGGAAGGAGCCCACAGGAGCACACAGGCAUACAGAUUCUCAGUGUGAAGGUUCCUAGUAGCACUGUCCUCUCAAAAGAUGCCAUGGCUAUAUGUUGAAACAGGCAUUUGGACUGUGUGCUUAGCCACAUUUUCUGUAGGCAUCAUCUGUCACUUGUGGUGUCUGAUUUCUGUCUUGGUUCUAUGUCUCCUUAAACUGGGUACCUUGAAAAAUGUGAUUGUCCAUAUAUGACAAAAAUUACCAUUUUUCCCACUCAAGGAGCACAGCUUGUGAACCAGUCCUGAGAUAAUUUGUUUCAUUAGCCACAUGUUCACAUCAUAUCCUUGGAAUCCUAAAAGACCUCCCUAGAGCUGCCAGUUACCUUAGGAAUUUAAUAUGCUUGUAUGUUGAUGGGAUCAUCAAAGGGCAAGGUGAUAUUCACAGUGGCAGAUGAGGUGCUCCUGAAGGUGAAGGGGGCCUGAUCUCUGCACCUUCCCUCUGGCUCCUCUUUGUUGGUGUCAUCACACACAAACAAUUUAAUGUCAUAUAAUAUUAGAAGCUCCUUGUCUUAAUUCAUGGUGAUGGCAAGCCUAUCAGUCACUACUAACAAAACUCUUCGCUGUCACAUCUGUCUGUCUAGAGCAGGUAUCAUCAAAUGUUGAGCACUGUGGAAUUGCAUUAAUGCAUUUUUAAUGUGUGUUCUGGCAUCUAAGAAAGGUACAUUUCAUCUAAAGGUAUUUCAAAGGUUCUGAGAGGAUCCCAGCCCAGCAUGGGUGGUUUCUGUCAUUAGCCAGGCUUGCAACUUACACUGAUAUUCCAGUCAAGUACAGCUGCUAGGUAGCUCUGUCGUAACAUCCAUUUACAUGCAUGAGUGGAUGCAUGAAGUACACAUGGAAGUGUUGCAGAGAUAUGACACUGCUCUGCAUAACUCAUAUAUUUGUGUCUAAAUGGCAGUUUGUAGCAAAGAGCUGAAACACGUGAUUUCCGCUCAAUCCAAACCUAUAUUCAAUUGAAAACAAAAACAUCUAAUGUGGUUUGCAUGGGUUUAGGUAAAAAGUGGUGUGUACUCAGUACUUUCUGUCCUUUGUUUCCCCUUCUUCCCGUUCAUUCCACAUGAAAGUCCAUCAUCUUUGCAAUCAUAUAGAUCUUUAGGGACUUAAGGCAUAUGCUGUGCUUUAAACAGUGCUUUAGGCCCCUUGGAGAUUGUUCUUGUUCUUGUAGCAUUUAUAGGUAAGCCUACAGAUGAUUUGUUUGGAGGGAAAUUGCUCCUCAUAUAAAAUGAUCCUCACAUUGAUCAUGGGUAGGCUUUUAUAUGCCUCACCUAUGAACGUCAUUCUCUUGCCAGUAUUUGUGUGGAUGUGUAUAGUAGAUAUGUCGUAUCUAGUUCGUAGUGUGUAUGUGAGAGCACACCUGUACAUAGAGAUGUAUAUACAUACCCUGGUUUUGCUCAAUAUAAUGAUGCCAACUUGUGUGUAGAGCCAAAAAAACUUAAAACUAUACAGUGCUUGAGAUGCUGCAUUGUUUUUAUUAUAGUAUUUUUUAUAUCAGAUGAAUUGCAGGAUGUUUACAGUUGCUUAUUAAUAUUUAACUUAUACAAUGGGGUGGCAGGAUGUUUAUGAUCGUUGUCAGCUAAAGAAUUGUAUGUGAUUCUGGGUAAAAUUUUGGCUUUUUUGAAAUCCUUGGCAAAACUCCCAUUGAUCUCACUGGGGCCAAGAUUAAACCCCUCUGAAUCUAUUGUUUACUGGCUAUUUUCCUACUGUGAUAAUUUUUUAAUGAGUGAAAUGUAUUUAUUUUUUCCCAAUGUGAAAUCUGCAGUUUCUAUUUGGAUUUUUCUAUGGAACCUGCAAACUACAACACAGGUGGGAAUAUAUGCCUAAGAGAAUGUACAGAAUUUUUCAUUGAUCUGGUCCUUGAAUAUGUCUAAGAAAAUACCUUCUAAAAUAACUUUUGUAAGAUUUAAUACAGAAUCAUCUAAAAAGAGAUCACCUUUCAUGCCUCUCUCCACAAAGAGAGAAUGCAAUGUGGCAGGUAAAUGUGAAGUAUUCACUGAUAAAUGAAAAGUAGUCCUGUCUGUUUUCUGUACUUACUGAUCUCACCUGUCUCUGCAGAUCUGGUAUGAGACACUUGAAGUACCUUAUCCAAAAGUACCUUAUUGGGGAAAAAAAUGUUACAUAGUAAGUAUGUGGCUUUAAGCUUUUCAUCAAGACUUGGAGGUAUCUUCAGAGCCAGUGUGUUGAAUGAUUUUUAAUAUUCCAUGGGUCAAUUAAAAUUACGAAAAUGUUAAGUGGUAAGGCAAGUCAGACAACUGCUUGACAUUAGAGAAAUCAUUUGUCUGAAGGCAGAAGGAUCAGUUCUUUAAUAGCACAAGGGAGAAAAAUAUCAUAAUGCAGCGCUUCCUAAAUCCCUUUUCAGGGUAUCUUCUAAUUAUGUAUGCUCAAAGUGUAUUCUUCCUGUAUAAAAACCAUAUGGCUGUGAAACAGCUAAAUAGAUGCAUCCUAAUUUCUUCACCUGAGGCUAAAAUAUAAUUUUCAAACAGGAGCUGUCAUGCACUUUGAAAUAUAUGUGUUGGGAACAGGUAAGUUUAUAUUUAUCAUAGAUAGUCAUCCCAGGGAUAGUCGGACUCGUAAAAUGAGGUAGUUAUGUCAAAGUUAUCAGAAGCUGAAGAAAUAACACAGCAGACACCAGACACCUUCCUUCACGAGGCUCUUUCUGAAGACAUCUGUGCAAAUGCCCACCAAUUCUGGGAAUCUUUCCCUAUAAUUUAGUUUAAGGAAGGAUCAUAUUCAGAUUCCUAUCCUUCCCCUUGCUAAUAGGCAGGAAGUAUGCACCUUGGUUGAACUGUCUAGGAGUUUGUUGGCUGUAGAAACAGACUUCAAAAGAAUAAACAUUUGAGUCAAUCAGUAGGCUUGCUAAGGAUACACAGGGCUCUGUCUGGGCUCGUUAGUCUGCUAAUGCGGGUCUGAUCACAGAUUAGUGGGGAGAAAGUUCCUAUGGUGCUCCUGCCUCACUUGGUGGCAAGGUUUUGUGGUCGUUAGUGGGGCCAGAUGCAAGCAGACACCUUUCUUGCGUGUUGGUUGCCUUUCUGCAAUUCUGAUCAGGACUGGAGCUCAGGACACACCUUUAUUUGUCUGCAAGGCCAUGUGAUAUCAGAGGAAAUGAGGAGGAAGUGGCUGAAGGUCUGGAUUCUGCCUUUGGUUUCCUGCCAGUGGAGCUGGUGUAAGGCUGGGGGCAGCGUAGUUAACCUCUGAGUGCCUCACUUUCUCCGCCCAAGGGAAUAGGGAUGCUCACCACCUCUGUACAGCCCCCUCGAGUCCUGUAGGAGAGCAGUGUCAUAUAAACCGCUGAGUUUUACCCACACUAUUAUAUGUAGUAAAAAUAAAUGACUUCUGUCCAUAACACUGCAAGAAUUGCUUUUCCUAGUUUCAGUUCUCUUUGAUGACCUACUACAUCCUGGGUAGUCAGUUUUGAAGCUUAGCAAUUGCUCUAAUACUUAGAAUUACACACAUAGCAGGCUCUGUUUGCUGCAGAAAAGAGUAAAACUUUAAACUGCCUGACAAAACUUGCCAAUGAAGUAUAUCUAACAGAGCAGGGGUGUAACUUUUGGCUUUAUUUACUUGUAAUAAUGGUAAGGAACAGUGAAUUUUGUUUGUUUACAUACUGUUUACAAUGGCACAGUUUUAUUUUUAAUAUAUAAAAACAAUUGAGGUAUUUAUUGCAUAUACUAUUUUAAAGAUGUUUUAUGUGUUUUCACCUUUGGAAUAUAUUGUUACAUUUCCUUGUACAGAUAAUUUGGGUGGCUUUGUUAAUAUAGUUAGUAAUUUUUAUGACUACUAAGUGACCAGUUUUCCGUGCCUUUUUAUUGUUGGAUGCAUGAUUACAUAUUUAUUAUUGUAUGGAAGUCACUGAGAUGUGUAUUUUUGUAUUCUGCUGGAAGCAAUGGUUGAUUUUAUUGUACCUGAUAAGAGAUGCCCUCCAUAACAGGCACUCGUAUGAGAUCUUCCUUCUCAAAUAAACAGAAUGCAUUCAAUGUA